UCUCGGUUAAAUGGACCAGCUUCGACAUUAUUUUGAUGAUAAACCGCUUGAAUUGAAUUUAUAACAUUCUUUUUCGAACAAAGAGGAGAAAUAAGGACGGUAUCAUUUGGAACCAUGAGUAAUACAGUCAGCGGACUUUCUUUCAUCCACAUUUGUGUUUUCAUCUUUCUCCGGCUCUAUUUUGCGAAUGGAGAUGUGAGCUACACAAUAGCUGAGGAGAUGAAAAGUGGAUCCGUGGUCGGAAAUAUUGCCAGCGAUCUGGGAUUGGGGAUUUCCACUCUUUCGUCUCGUAAAGCUCGCAUAGACACGGACAGGGAUGACAAACGAUAUUUUGAUAUAAACCUGAGCAAUGGAGAUUUGAUUGUCACUCAAAGGAUCGACCGGGAAAGCCUUUGUGACAAGAAGUCGACCUGUGUUUUGAAAGAGGAGCUGAUUCUGGAGAACCCUUUAGAGAUUCAACGCAUCAGCAUUCAGGUGCAAGAUAUCAACGACAACGCCCCUGAAUUUAGCGAAGGCUUGAUUUCAUUUGAGAUAAGAGAAUCGGCGAUUAAAGGAGCCAAAUUCUUACUUAGCGAGGCCCGUGAUGCGGACAUCGGCACAAAUGCUGUACAGCGCUAUAUUGUGCAACAUAAUGAGCAUUUCACCAUAAAUAUAAAUACAGAGGUUCCUGGACGGAAACAAGGAGAAUUGGUUUUGGUCAAAGAAUUAGACCGAGAACAACAGAGCGAAAUAAAACUAGUCCUUACUGCUCUGGAUGGGGGCACUCCCCAGAGAUCAGGUACAGCAGUUAUUGUUGUUACAGUGCUUGAUGCGAAUGAUAACACUCCGGUUUUCAGCAAGCCGGUUUAUAAAGCAAGCCUGCCAGAAAAUUCCCCAGCUGAUUCUAUAAUAGUAAAGGUGAGUGCAACUGACGCAGAUGAAGGUCCAAAUGGAGAGAUAACUUAUAAUUUCGACCAUAUGUCUAAUAACUAUGUCUCUCUGUUUUCCAUUGAUCAAAAGACAGGAGAGAUAAAAGUAAAGGGUGCUAUUGAUCACGAAACCGAUUCUUCGAUUGAAUUACGAAUACGAGCUAAAGAUGGACCAGGUCUUACUUCAUACUGCACAGUAAUGAUAGAUAUAAUAGACGUCAAUGACAAUCAACCUACUAUAAGCUUAAAAUCACUAUCCAACCCCAUAUCUGAGAGCGCCCCUCCUGGUACAGAGGUAGGCAUAAUUAAUGUGCAGGACAGAGACUCUGAAAAAAAUGGAAAGGUUCAUUGUUCCAUUCAAAAAAACCUUCCUUUUAAGUUGGUUCCUUCCAUUAAGAAUUAUUAUUCUCUGGUGACCACCGGCGGACUGGACCGUGAACUAGUUUCUGAUUACAAUAUUACAAUCACAGCAAUCGAUGAGGGUUCUCCAUCUCUGUCCUCCUUUAAAACCAUUCAGCUGUCUGUAGCGGAUAUCAAUGAUAACCCACCUGUGUUUGAGGAACAGUCCUAUAGCGCAUAUAUUAAUGAAAAUAACAAACCGGGCUCCACUUUGUGCUCUGUUUCUGCUCAAGAUCCAGACUGGAGACAAAAUGGUACAGUGAUUUAUUCUCUGUUACCUGCUGAGGUGAACAGUGUCCCUGUAUCAUCUUAUCUAUCUGUUAAUGGAGACACGGGUGUGAUCCAUGCUGUAAGAUCAUUUGAUUAUGAACAAUUACAGAGUUUUAAAGUGCACGUCAUGGCCAGAGACAAUGGUUCUCCUCCGCUCAGCAGCAACGUGACUGUCAGUGUGUUCAUAUCGGAUGUGAAUGACAACUCUCCUCAGAUUCUGUAUCCCGCCCCGGAAGGCAGCUCCUUCAUGACUGAGCUGGUCCCUAAAGCUGCACAUAAAGGAACUCUGGUCUCCAAAGUCAUAGCGGUGGACGCAGACUCUGGACAAAAUGCCUGGCUGUCCUAUCAUAUAGUCAAAGCCACUGAUCCUGGACUUUUUGUUAUUGAUGUACACAGUGGAGAGAUCAGGACACAGCGGGACCUUUUAGAAUCUGACAGCAUGAAACAGAACCUGAUUGUUGCAGUGAAGGAUAAUGGACAGCCCUCUCUGUCUGCCACCUGUUCCAUGUAUUUACUUAUUUCUGAUAAUUUAGCUGAGGUGCCAGAACUGAAAGAUAUUUCUUAUGAUGAGAAGAACUCAAAGUUGACCUCUUAUUUGAUCACCGCACUGGUUUCCGUGUCCACCUUCUUUCUUACCUUCAUCAUUAUCAUCCUUGGACUGAGGUUUUGUCGCAGGAGAAAGCCCAGACUUUUGUUUGAUGGAGCAGUGGCCAUCCCAGGAGCUUAUCUUCCUCCUAAUUAUGCUGAUGUUGACGGGACAGGAACUUUACGCAGCGCUUAUAAUUAUGACACAUACCUGACAACAGGAUCUAGAACCAGUGACUUUAAAUUUAUAUCAUCUUACAAUGACAACACUCUGCCUGCUGAUCAGACCCUGAAGAAAAGUCCGUCAGACUUUACUGAUAUCGUUGGAGGCUGUGAUUAUUCUCCAGAGGUAGGAACAUUUACGAAGUAG